UAAAAGCAUAAAUACAAACAUAAUCAGAAUGAAAGAUUCAUGCUGUGGAAGAAUAUGGGUUGGUGUCGCUUUCACUUUUAUUGCUACAACAUUCGUAUUAGUUGGAGUAAUUUGUUAUAGAGAGUUUAUAUUUCACAAGGAAACGGAGGACACCAAAAUUACACGUGAGAAUCUCAUCAAAUUUUACCCGUCAAUAUUUAGUAUAGACAGUACAAGGUAUGAACAGAUAUUACUAGAUGGUGCAAGGAAACGUACACCGACGAAAGAAAGAUUUCCGACCGAAAAUGAAUGUAGUUUCAGAUGCAAUAACACAUUGGCAGGAGUAGGCAGGAAAAAACGUCAAGACAUGCCAUCCAAUCUUCACAAUCAUGGCUGCUGUCAAUCAUUUCCUGUAAUUAGAGCUCCUCACUUUUGGGACAGUAUAUCUAACGGGUUGAGAGAGAUAGUACAAUUUAAUGACACAUAUUCCGAAUAUCCACUGCUUCAAAUUUUCUUCCAGGAACAAUGCAGUCAAGCUAUUGGAUGUACUGGGUGUACCUGUGAAUACGUUGAACAGGCGACUACAGCAGUGGUUUAUAAAAUUGGUUACAGUUCAACGACAGCUACAUAUAUGUCACACCUAGAAAUAGACGUGUUUUAUUUACAUGGAUGUUGCAAAUGUUUUAACUUUAAUCAAACUUAAAGGCGUUUUCUGUGGAAACUGUAUAAAAAGAAUUAACAUUAUAUGACCGAUAACAUGUUAUAUACCAAAUAAAAAGCAUCCAUGUCAUAUUACUAAGGAGAUAACUGUACUGUAUUUGAAGCGAAGCCUGUCAUUUCACAUUUAGAUGCUAUCCAUAUAAACCGUUAAAUUUAUCAAAUACACUUAUUUGAAAAAGGUUAUCAAUUGAGAAAUGAAGAUGCAGCAUGUUAAUUUGAAAACUUUCUUUAUCACACUUAAUGUCCUAUAUCCUGUCGGUAGUUACAUUUUUACAUUGAGCU